AGAGUUUCAAAGUUUGUGGACAUUGUAAUAGUAUAUAGUGAAGUAAGAGCGAGAGACAGAGGAAGAUGAAAUAUCUUGUUAAAGUGUGAUACUCUUUUCCCGUUGAAACCGAAAUAGAGUUUCAGGCAUGGCUUCUUCUCUUCCUCUCUUCUUCUUAUUCCUCUCUUUCUCUGCCUUAUUCUCUCCCUCUCAAUCCCAUGACAAAGUAUCGUUGGAACUCUACUACGAAACCCUGUGCCCUUACAGCGCCAACUUCAUCGUCAAUUACCUUCCCAAAGUCUUCACCACCGACAUCAUCGCCAUCGUUGACCUCAAACUCGUUCCCUGGGGCAAUGCCAAACUCCGAGACAACAACACCUUUAACUGCCAGCAUGGGCCAUACGAGUGCUUGCUCAACACAGUGGAAGCCUGUGCCAUUCAUAUAUUGCCUCAAACGAGCAAGCACUUUCCAUUCAUCUAUUGUGUUGAGGAUCUGGUGUUUCAGGGUAAGCGCACUGAGUGGGAAUCUUGUUUUGAGAAACUGGAUCUGGACUCGAAGCCUAUUAAGCAGUGUUAUAAUAGUGAACAUGGAAAACAGUUGGAGCUACAAUAUGCAGAUGAAACAAGUGCUCUGAAGCCUCCUCACACGUAUGUUCCAUGGGUAGUUGUGGAUGGAGAACCACUCUAUGAGGAUUAUGAAAACUUCAUAAGCUACAUUUGUAAGGCUUAUAAAGGCCCUCAUAAAGUCCAAAGCUGCACCCAAGCGUUAUACCUUGGAGAAUUCAAAGCAAAGCCUAAGCAUUCAGUUUGCGACGAUGAGGGAGGGAUGCCAACAUGGAAAAAAAUGAGGUCAAUCAUUGCAUCAUGGUUGCAACAGAUGAACUUUGGUGGUGCUUUUUAGAUGUGUCAAUGCCAUAUUUAAAAGCAGUUUGUUGCUGUUAGCUGUUGUAGUUGUGUUGAUCCCUUGAAAAGUCCAAAUAGAACUUGUGAUGUAUAUACAGUACUUAAAAAAAAAAAACAUGUUGUCUAUGUACAAUUAUAUAUGUUUUUUUAUCCAUCAGAAUUACAAUAAAGUUUGACAAAGAACCAUAUGUAUUCUAUUCCAAUACUAAGUUGAUCCUA